AUGUUUAAUGUCAAAUUGGACUGUUGCCUGCACAACGGGAAACGUUUUUAUGAUGAGUCCUUGGAGCUAUGCAAAUUCAGUUUCAUCUUUAUCACUGUAUUGCUCUGUGUGAUGGAACACCCCUCUGACAAAACAUUUAAAGGUUUAACAUUAUUGAAGAAUACAAAAGUGGCGAUGAAGGCGAGGGAUAUAGCUGGCUUUUGCAGUCAGUGUGGAUCCUUUUUAGUAGACCCCUUUUUUGCCAUUGAGGAGUCAAUUAGUACAUCAUGUGACCUCACAUUUCACCUCUUGUUGAGUUGUGAAAGUGCUAGGACUGGCUGUGAGAUAUGCAAUAAAGACUUCUCAGAAAAAUAUAAACUAGUAAUCCACAUGAGAGAGAAACCAUACUGCUGUGAUGUUUGCAAUAAAGACUUCUCAGAUAAAUCUAGCCAAAUAAAGCAUAUGAGAGUACAUAUGAAGGAGAAGCCAUACAGUUGUGAAUUUUGCAAUAAGAACUUUGCUUUGAAAAGAGAUUUAGUAAAGCACAUGAGAUCUUCACAGACUUUUUAUCCACAUGCACGUAUGCCUGCUGUCACUGACGAAGGGUGA